GUAUACAAAAGGAGUUUGAUUUGGGUCCAACUCCCUUUAUUUCAUCUCCUGUUCAACAAGACUCCACUUCCCUCCAAACCUCCACUACUCUCUUUAAUGUCCAUUCAUAAUUUCCCUUCUCUCUUUCUCUAAUUUUCUCUCUCUUCUUUCUCCACUCAAAAAUCCUGAAAAAUGGAAGAUUAUGUGAUGAGCAUAAUUAUGGUGGGAGUAAUUUCUUGGACUACCCUUUUCAUGUUAACAAGAAAACUCUUACAAAACUAUUCUUUUGAGUUCUGCAAUAGAUUGGUCUCAACAACUCAUGCUACUAUUGCUGUCAUUUUAGCUUCUCUUACAGUUCAAGAUUGGACUUGCCCACUUUCUCCUUUGAACUCAGAUUCAUCUCCAAAACAGAUGCAAACAUUGGCAGUAACAGUGGCAUAUCUAAUCUAUGAUAUGAUAUGCUCUCAAUUUGACAAAAGAUCAAAAUCAAAUGUUGAUAAUACUAUUCAUCAUUUGGUCAGCAUUGUUGGAAUUGGAGCUGGCCUAUUCUAUCAAAAGUGUGGAACAGAGAUGGUGACAGCGUUGUUCAUAACUGAAAUAUCAAGCCCAUUUUUACACCUAAGGGAGUUUCUCAAGGAGCUUGGGUACAAAGACACUGAUGUUAAUUUGGCUGCUGAUAUAUUAUUUGCAGUUAUAUUCUCUAUUGCAAGGAUGGUAAUAGGUCCCUAUCUCUCGUAUGUUACUCUCUCUGCCAACAACCCACUUCUAAUUAAGGCAAUGGCAAUCGGAUUGCAGCUUGUGAGCGCAUUUUGGUUCUACAAAAUCUUGAUAAUGGUUCAAUACAAAUUUACUAAGCGAACCACGCUCAAGAAGUUGGCAUAAGUAGUUUGGUAACUUUGGUUCUUUAGCCUAAUCCAGAACUAGAAAUAUGAUGUGACCAUAACUAAUUAUUGGACUUGGACUCCCCUAUUAGUUUUGCCAUUCAAGCAAUUGUAAAGUUCACAUUUGGAUGUCAACAUAGAAGAUAAUAUUGUCAUUUGAGGAUAAUGUGGAAUCGUGGGAUGUGGAUGAUUUCUUCAAGUGUUCAAUAUGUUGGUGUUUAUAGGAGUUUGUAGUCGAAACUCAAAGUUUGCUUCAAAA